UCCGUAUCUCCGCGCGCCCAUGUAAUAUCCUCUAUAUAUAUAAACUGCCUUUGAAAGCACAAUUGUGGAAAUUUAUGUCAAUUUUUUUAGCAACUCCUGGUUUUCUUAGGAUGGUUAUUUUGUUGCAUGSCUUCCUCAGCUUAAUUUUGUGUCUCGGUUUUCGUUGCUGGAAUUUGCUUUUCUGUUUGCUCACUAUCUCAUAACGUCACAACUCUGACUAAACAAUUAUGUACAAAUAUUGAAAUCCUGCAUAUAGUCGGUUUGUGCGACUUAAUGACAACGUCAGAUGGUGUUAAUACAAGURAAUAUAAAUCGACAGCAUGCUGGUUGAAAUAUUGACUAUUUCUGGGAGACUUUAGCUUUUUAUACCAGCUCUACUCUGUUAUGUCGUUAUUUGAAUACGGCUUUUUCAUCAAAUCAAAAUAUCUGCUGGAGACCUUUGGAAUCUGAGCCGUUGAUAUAGUUACUUUUGAUUCGUGCAGGGCUCCCAUGGUCCUGAACCAGCAGAAUUUUACCCUACCUCUACUCCCCUAGACCAACCUUUCGUCUGCACCUGCCUUCUUUCCUGACGUUUUAGUCGCUAGGACCCAUUAUAUCGAAGUACUCCUCGACAAGUAGCGAAAUACUUAAACAAACUUUUCUCUCAUGGCAUCGAAAAUGCCGCCUGGAGUAAGAUUGACAUAAAAGGGAUAAACUCUGUAGACUUACUAUUUUCAAGUUCUCGUYAGGAYCAGAGAUAUGUUUUCAGCGUUAAUCUCAUUGUUUUUGGUUUUACAAAUUGCCUUCGAAAGAAGUCAUCUUUAUGCCGAUGCAUCUACAUGUAGUGGAACCUCUUGCGGUGUACCUGAGUUUUUAAGUUCUACGUUCAUCAACGUAGCCGCGUCAGCUGCUGGAGCGACCUGCACUUCUAUCGGUGGUACGUGCUCWUAUGCGAUCGAUGGCAAGKCCGGUGUUAMUGACGGAGAAUGGGCAAAUGCAGGUGGCGUCGGUCAUUAYAUUAAAAUUACGUUUAUAAAAACGUUUCCAAUCGACACCAUUAGACUAAAGCAGAGAGGAAACACUCAAGAGCAGAACAAGGAGAUUCAGCUUGAUUUUUCUGGUGGAGAAUCAAGAAAGSUCACUUUGAAAAGAAACACCGGGACUUCAUCUUCAGCAGACUCAAUUUGGGAGGUUCUACACUUCGCCGAAGUCAAAGCAAAAUGGGUGAACAUUAAAGUACUUAGCGUUUACUCCGCUAUUAAUAAUGGCUUCAGAGAAAUAGAAUUGUAUAAACGAGACGCCUUAAAAGGCAAGAUCUGUGAUCAAAUUAACCUUCACGCCAAUGUAGAGUCAAGGUGGGAGAAGGUUUUCGGUCGUACCGCAUCGUUGGUUGUAAAAAGUGGUGGUCUGACCAUUUAUCUCGUGGAAGAAUACACCAAUAAACRGUACAUAUUCUCACUUGGAACAGACAAAUGCACCUUAAGUAAAAGCGACGGUGCUGGAAACAAGGACGAAAAAAAAUCCGUGUCGUGCACUGGUUUUUUAUCGACCACAGAGCUUAGGCCAAUAUGGAUUGAUUUUCGAUGUUCCAACAUCAUCCUUGGGUCUGGGAAUGAGAUUAUCUUGCAAUGGACGGACUCCUCUMCGCUAGACGUCACGUACAUCGUUYUURRAGCAACGACAACAAGUGAAAUAACACUAUGCAAUCGAGAAGAUCGUUGUUUCACUGAUGCUGCCAACUACUGGCCGCUGGACAGGGUGACAGGCGGACGAAUACUCGACUACAAUGGCGAUAAAAGCUUCCUCACGAAUCUAACAAAAGCUGACUUCACUCCCGUAAUGKUAGCAUUCAGAUUGUUUACUAGGGGUCCAUUGGUAGAUAUAAGAGGCAGUGGUAGAGAGCCAUAUAUGAUCUUAGGUGAUUUCAAAGGAGARUCCAUUAACGAUCCUGAUGUUGGUGAUUUUACCAUUUCCUUCUGGGUCAAGAUUCCUACAACAACGUCAUCAGAGUAUCACAAAAUUAUAUACUCGGACACAGCCCACUGCGCUAAAUUUAWAGUCGUUUAUAYUCAUUCAAAAAAUAGCAUAAAAGUUACUAUACGUACACGCUCAACACAGCAUAUAAAAUYGGUACCAAUAAUCAAAGAUAAGCAUUAUCAUAUCACUGUAGCUUGGAGCAAGAAGAAAAAUGCUGGUCGACUUACAAUAAAUCGUUACUUGCAARAAAUGACGAAAACCUCUGMAACUGYAAGCGGRCCCASUGAUUCUUACCUUAAAGUAGGGAAACUUAACGGAGGGAGUUUCGUCAUUUAUAAUAUAAUUCUAUGGAAAAGAGAGCUUAGUGUUGAUGAACUCGAAAACAAGUUUGCUUGUACAGAAAUACAACAAGCUGAAGUAUCAUGCAGCCCAGCCAUUAAAAUACCAUUCAAAAACCAGUAUACAGAGGCGCAGUGUUUCAGUUCUGCGUCGUGUUACAGUGGAGGCACAUGCUUCAAACAGGAUGGUCUAGGGGAAAAAGCCACAAUCCCAGUCCAUGCGACUGCAAGUUCAUUUCUGGAUAUAGAAUCGUCUCCUCUCAACGGCAGAAUAAUGUUUGAAGACGCUCCAUCUACUGGACUUACCGCUGGUUGGUUGCCUGAUGUGUACGACGCUAACAGUUACUUGCAGUUCGACGCUUUCCAAAUCACAAGUAUCAGUCAUAUAGUAGUUCAGGGGUCAGGAAGUGAUUAUGUGAAGACAUUCGUMGUGUCUCAUAGCAAGAGCUGUGCUGUGUUUACGUAUAUCAUGGAUGGAAGCAUUAAAAAGGUAUUCACUGGAAACACAGAUGGCACUUCAAAGGUGACGGUAGAUUUACCGUCUAAGAUCGACGCUAGGUGUGUCCGGAUUGAGCCAAAGACGUUUAACGGCCGAAUCAGGUUGCUUGCMAAGCUUUUGGGUAGAAGAGGACCGACAAAUCGUCUUGGCUGUUAUAAGGGUAUCUCUUUUGUACCGACUGAAAGUUACGACUCGUCAUUUUUAACUCCCGCAAAGUGUAUCGUAGCGUGCGCUAAAGCAAAGAAGACUCAUGCGGCACUGACAUYGGGAAGGUACUGCUACUGUGGGAGCUCCAUAAGUGGGGCCAAACAUGUUGGAGGAAAUCACUGCAAUUUCCCUUGCAGCGGGAAUCCAAGGCUGAAAUGCGGAGGCAAAGACGCCUCCCAUGUGUACACAAUCACCAGUAGCUUUGCCACUUCUUUGAGCUGCAACUUUCCAUCAAAUGUCACAAGCCUGACCACAUUUUCAGGGACUUGUACUGCAAAUUCAGCKGUCAAGUGUGAUUUUGGCGAGUCCAUGCCAGUCRGCGCUGAAAAUACACCUAUUAAUUUCAUGUACUACRCUUCUCCGKCUUCUUUUCGAGUAUUCUGYCGAGGUUCUGUGGAGGCGAACGACGUAAGGAAUGAAAGAUACCUUAGUGAAGCUGUAUCUGUCUACGAUGACUUUGACGUACAGCUAGUGUGUCCUAAGUAUGCAACUAAAUCAACUGUUACUUAUUGCUUGCUGAAAGUUUUAAAAGGGACAGGCAUCAGUUUGGACUAUCAAAUUACUGGAGAAGCGUCUGCCACAGAGGUUGAUUUAUAUGAUAGCAUUGGCUUGAAUUUCGGAGAGAUAUUUGAUGUUGAUUAUGCAUCGCCGGAUCCUGGAAAAGGGACAACAGUCCUUCUUCUGAACACAAAGGCACCAGAUGAAGGCAGGCUGUUGGGAAUAGAUGUGUUCAUUGAGGCGGCAGGCUGCAUGUCUAUACAGGUUGUUCGUCCAAUUUGCGGAUCAGGCCCUGAGAAUGUUUACCAAUAUUCGAACGGAAAUAUUGAAAAGCAAAUGACUAAGUGCUCAUCUUUAAGCUCCAUCUGCAUUAAUGGACACACGUUCUCUUCUGACUUUGGCCUGUGCACGAUUAACGAGUCUUUAGCUGAAAACASCAAGAAMCUAUUCUCAUUCAAGCUYGAAGUAGUAGGUGURAACACCGUAUGUUUUACAGSCAUCGGCCGACAAAAAUURCACUUUGAUAAUGUUAACAUCACUCACUUCAAAACUGGUGAUCUGUUCGCGCUCUAUUUCCCUUCAAGCUCUCCUYUAAAGAUUUCUUCCCGUGAAGUUAAACCGAGUGGACUGACAAAGACWUCGUCAGUGUURACAAUUUCUGAAUCUAACGCUGGAGYGGGAACCAUUCUUACGCCAAGUAAUGGGAACAUUUCUUUUAUGGAGUACUCUAUUUCUUUACAAAGCAAAAUCACCAGUUCUAUGAAAAUUCCGUUAAAUUUCUCCGAGAUUGGGUUAUUCACUGAAAGUAUAAAUGUCAAGUCGAGCGUGCGCAAUAAGAAAUUGAGCGCGAACAUCGAUGUGCAAGAGAAAAUUGAGGGAUUGUCCUUGUUCUAUAAAGCCGGGGCRAUUUUCAACGAGGAGUAUUCCUUUACAGUGUCUGUUGAAAAAGGAAGUAAUCUAUCUGUCCUUGUUCGCUUUGAUAACACAUCUUCACAGAGCGUCUCGUUGCAAAGCCAGUACACAYUCKUUCACACAUACAAAAARCGUCAACAAGAAACCAUUUCAAUAACUUUGUGGAAUGACGUCAAUCUUGUAUACAAAGAAUGCAAAAUCUGGGUACGAGAAAAGGUUCAAGGUUUGGAGUUUACUAAAGCCAUCUCCCCUGUUACGUACCCAAACAAAACAGUCAUUUGUUUUAAGCUAACGGGAGGGGAUAAGGUGACUGUUAAAGUGGAUUACGGUAAUAAUUUCUCCUCCUCCAAGGGUACAUUUAACGUCCAAGACAAAUACAUUGGUUGUUUCUCUCACUCCCAUGCAGUAGGGGUCUACGACGUAACAGUCAAUGCAACGAAYGAUGCCUCGGGGCAAAAUAUCUCUGAAAUCGUUAUCGUAGAAGAAGAAAUUUUGAGUCUUAGUUGUACAYUUUCRCAGGARUUUGCGCAUGAGCACAUUGAGGUCAACGAGACAAUUUACUUUAAUUGUGUUAUAACGCAAGGCACAAAUCCCAAGUACCAAUUAUCGUGGGGAGACGGCAUCACUGAGAGUUCGUAUAUGCAAAAAGAAAUGCGCGUAUCCAAGAGUUACGUGAACUWCCAGUCCUACGAUAUCAACAUUACAGUCUUCAAUAAUGUCAGUCGAUUGAAUUUCUCCAAGAGCAUCYACGUUUACAAGCCCGUGUAUCCUUUGAUAAACUUCACUAUUGACUGCCAACCAACUAAUYUUACUGAUCCUACAGCUUGYUUAUUGACUAUCGAUGGAGGUAAUGACUUUAAUUGCACUUGGGAUUGGGGAGACGGACUGACCAGUGUUUCUAACGACUCUCAUCUUGGCAAGCCAUUCAAUCAUUCUUACGCAAGAAUCGGUUAUUUCGAUGUCAAUGUCAAAUGUGUUAACCGUUUGUACAGCACAACAGUAGCAGCUUUUGCUAUUGUUGAAAUACCAAUGAAAGCUUUAAGWAUUGGUGAAUUACCUGCCUGCCCUCUUGGACAGUCUGCAAGUACUUAUGUGGCCGUUGAAAGCGGRAGUGGUGUGGAGUUUAAAGUCAACAAAACUAACCUACACACUGGAAAUACARUUGAACUUACUCCUGCAUUCAAUGCCGAACAUACAAAUGGCACUCUGACGUUUCAGUGCGACGUCGUUGGCACUUACUUCCUGACGGCCACUGCAGURAACAAUGUUACUGCGUUGCAGUCUUUUAAAACUUUUUUCGAYAUUGACCAGAUUAUUGGAGGGUUAUCAGUGACCAGGUUGACUGAAGAGUACGUUUACGUCGAAAAUUCAUCAAUAUUCCAAGUUGAAAUCACUCAAGGUUCAAACGUGACUUGUCAUUUUGACUACAAAGACGGCACYACAACAACUCUCUUUCGCGAAGGUKUCUUUCCAUCGUCUGGCGAAAAUGUCACACAUACAUACAAUGAUGCCAUUGAUGCCGUGGUCGAUGUCAUCUGUAACAACAGUGUUAGCCAGGAGGUGGUUGUCUUAUUUGUUAAAGCACAACACCCCAACAAGGACGUUUUCUUGGUUUGCAGUGAUCCUCAACACUUUCCUCCUGGUAAAGUCAAUUGUACGUUCAAUAAACCGAAUGUUAUCCCCUUCCCAACCAACUCCACAUGUAGGUUGAAUUUUGGAGAUUCGAUAGAAGAGAGYAUUCAAUUUGAUAGAGUUGUAACAGUACCCCAUACAUACAYCAAACCGGGUUGGUAUGACGUCAACGCCACGUGUWCCAAUGACAUCAGUACUGCCCAUUUGGUGACAUUUGCUCAAGUUGAAACCCCCAUCGAUAACAGUAUYAUAAACUUUACGACUAGUGGRGGGAUUUACGGAAUUCGUGGACAAGGCAGAGGUGUURACCASUCGUAYUUYCCRACAAAUCAAAGUAUCUAUAUAGAUGUUGAUUGGGGCAAUGGGACAAAUGUCACGCUAAAAUGCGAUUGGGGUGAUUCUUCGCCGCCUACAGAAAUCCAAAAUAAUACUUGCAGCCAUAUUUACUAUCAGCCUGGAAUGUAUAAUCCAGUCGUUACUUUUACCAAUGCUGUCGGCUUCAUAACAAAARCUUUUCURCUCCGAAUACAAGUUGCUGUGGUUGGAUUCACUUUCUCAAAUAAUGGUCCAAUCGCACUUGGGAAACCGUUUGUUUUUAUUGCCAAUGUUGACAUUAUUGGCACGAGUACAUGCUUGGCGUUGGACAUAGGAAACGGCACAUCGUUUUUGCAUAAGCCUUCGUUGGACACUCACUGUGCACCGGAGUGCAGCUACGGUAAACUCCCGGAAACGUACUCCUCGUUUCCAUUCAAUUUUUCCCACGUCCAUAAGUACAUUGGCAACUACGAAAUACGUGCUACAGCCUGCAAUAACGUAUCAACAAUUAAAGUGGACACUCUAGCUAAUGUAUCGCCCAAACCCUGCAAAUACCCUAAAGUUAAUUUUACUAGUUUUGAAGCUAACAUCACCGCGGAUUUUCCCAUAUCGUAUCGACGGUCUAUUCAAAUCCCAAUCACUCCCAUCAUUAAGAUAGACUGCGAAGCCACGAAGUACUCGAAACGAGAAUGGGGUAUCAAUAAAUGCGAUGAGGAUGGAAACCCUGAAAGCUGCAAACCGCUCACUUCAAACUGCAGUAAGAAAAUUAAUAUGACGCAUCCAAGUCUGCUUAUUCAUCCAAGGUGUCUGACUUAUGGAGUUCACAGACUCUCGGCCCGGGUUGAAAUGUUAGGGGGUGGUACUAAAGGAAUUUUUGUUGAAUCAUAUGGUUGGAUCAAUAUCACUAAGACUCCUUUGACAGCCGCAAUUGUGGGAGGUUCCUCGAAGGCUGUUGGCUAUAACAAAUCACUUACCAUUGAUGGCACAAUAUCAAGUGAUCCCGAUACCGGUGACUCCAGUGGUAUAACUAUCUACUGGUUCUGUCAUGAAAAGAGUGAGCCUAUGCCYCUUGAUGCAAACUCCUCGACAACACAGGGUAUGCCAGCARCUACAAAUCCUGAUUUAAAGGCAGCCUUAAAGCAAUCGAAURCCACGGYACCUUAUUCYGGUUGUUUUGGAUAUGGACCAGGAAGGAUCGACCUUACAGAUGGUAAAAUYACAAUUAUUACCGAUGGGAUGAAGGUUAAUAGCAASUACGAAUUUGUGUUAAAGAUUAAAAAAGACACGCGUUGGGCCUCUACAAGCUUGUCUAUGCUCAUUGUAGCUGGAACUCCUCCCGAUUGCACUAUCAAGUGUAUUGUUGGGUGUGGCAAAAAGGUGAAUCCUUCAGACAAGCACGGCGUCCAAGUCUAUUGCACGUGUCCUGAUUGUGGUGAACUCACAUAUCAAUGGCGUAUUUUCAAACAARACAAGACAACUCAAGAAAUGGUUGAAAUGCCUAACGCAAAGACUAUGGCUAGUACCCCUCUUACCUUCCAGAAUCUUGUGAUAAAGCCCAACGCCCUUGUAGGAGGCGAGAUCUAUGACUUUCAAAUCAACGCUUAUGACACGAAAAACCGGGUGAUGGGAUAUUCCGGUAGAAAAGUGAGAACAAAUCCAUCUCCAAUAAACGGAUCUUGCGACGUUAAUCCGAAGAUAGGCAACAGUGACACCAAGUUUAAUUUCUCAUGUCCGAAUUGGUUGGAUGACGAUGAAUAUAUUACAUUCUCAAUGAACUAUUACGAUAAAGAUAAGAAUAGGCUCACGCCGAUAUAUAAAAUGCGCUCGGAUUCUAGUACUUGGUACGCCACAACUCUACGUGUUGGAGAAGAAAAACGCGAUUUCAACAACAGUUUGCGCGUUCUCAUUUGCGAUCCGCAUCUAGCAUGCGAAAAGGUGGAMUUAGAGGUGAAGGUAACACUAAAAGAGAAAGACGARAGUGAAUUCCAGGUAUUCCUUCGAAAUCUCGCAAACAUCGAAGGUCAUAUACCACUUCUCACGGGCGAGGGAAGAAUUGACGAACUCUGUGCGUACACUUAUAUGGAAAURAGUAACAUGAUAAAGAUUCAAGCAACAAGACCAAAGUGGUCUAAAACGACUAAAGAGUUGAUCGUUAAGGCAGCGGAAUUCUGCAUGAACUCCACUUGUGAAAUUGUAAGUUCUGAUCCAAAGAAAGCAUCAUGCAAGGCCUCUGUAAUUAAUCUAAUACUAUCAGUGAACGCCACUCUAACAGAACAUACACAGAAAGUCUCGGUGGAUUGCCUUAUGGAAGCUGCCAGUGACAUCAGUUCGUUUCCACCUUCUGAGCUUUCGAAUGCUGCUGGUGGCAUGGUAGAAGCACUUGGRUCUUCCUUAACUACAUUAGCAGUAUCCAGCAAUGGGACAAAGAGYGCAGCCAACUCACCCGAAGAUGCAAAGAAAAAUGAGGAAGAGCAAAUGAAACAGAGCAUGGGUUUCAUGGACACAUUUGGUAAUAUUGGAGGUGCACUUCAGUCRCAAAUGGUUUCAGGAGAGCAAAGUACCAUUGCCACGGACAGGUUGACUAUGACGUCAACUAAAACGUCAGCGGAGGGCCUGAAAAAAGUGACKUCAAAAGGUGGAGGUGGAGUGGGUGGACUUACAAAUGCAGUCGAUCCAAAUUCCAAAGAAUCAUUUGGAGUAACGUUGGUCGAGACUACAGAUAAUCCGUUUGGAUGGGCCAAAGGAGCUAAUGACGUCAACUCACCAGUCCUCGACCUUGGUUUGAGCGGUGAGGAUGGAUCCAACAAGCCCAUAAAGGACUUAGGUGAACCAAUCUCCGUCAUGAUCUCUCAGCCAGGGAAAAAGAUUCCCGUGUCACACAACAAGCUAGAUGUCUAUAGCUUUAACACCCACAUUCUUGAGGUACCAAAAAACCAYAGCUCGAUUCACGUGGAGUUCUUUCCGUAUAACGAGAAUAUAAGCUAUUAUGCAUUCCUGCGACGCAACGAUUGCCCGUCGCCGACAGAGCAUGACUACAACCACACUUUCAACUUCACGGACCUAAACACCACAGACGAUGCAAGACCUAACGUGUGGUUCUUGUCGAACGAAGAGCUGAACAAAACCGCCGCAGGAACAUGGAGUCUUAUGAUAGCAGUGGCAGACAAAGACGUCAAAGUGAUGGAGGUGUCUUACAAUUUCAGCAUCUAUACAGCGGCCUGUAUGUUYUUUAACAAGACCACCAAAUCGUUCAGUACUGCCGGGAUGAAGGUUGGACCCMAAACCACCCGAGAUGUCACAGAAUGCCUUUCAACACACGCCACGUCGUUUGCUAGUGACUUCUUUGUGCCUCCAAAUAAGAUCGAUUUUGACAAGGUCAACCUCGAAGAAUUGCUUAAUAAUCCAAUUGUUUUUAUUGUCGUCAUGGUGAUAUUUGGCUUAUACUUCCUUCUCCUUAUAUGGGCAAGACGGGCGGACAAAAAAGAUCUGGACAAGAUUGGUCUCACACCUCUACCCGAUAAUGACCCAAGGGAUACCUAUCUCUACGAGAUUGUUGUAUACACCGGGCAUGCAAGUAAUGCCGGRACAACAUCAGAUGUGUACAUUAUCCUAUCCGGGGGCCUGGACGAAACAUCACCUAAAAGACUUCGUGAUCCGGAUCCCGCUCGAAAGAAAUUCUGCAAGGGAGCUGUGGAUUAUUUCUUACUUGCAGUUCCAAGGUCUCUUGGGAAAUUGCAGCAGCUCCAUAUUUGGCACGACAAUAAGGGCAAUGACCCUUCAUGGUUUUUGCAGCGAAUCAUGGUUCGAGAUCUCCAAGUUGACAAGAAAACAUGGUUUGUCAACCUUCGAUGGCUAGCUGUAGAGGAAGAUGAUGGUAUGAUCGAGCGAACCCUCCAUCCAGCGACCAAGGAGGAACUUACAAACUUCGGACUAUUGUUUUCCACUGAAGCGCGUAAGAAUUUGACCGAUAACCACCUCUGGUUUUCCGUUGUUGCCCGACCACCUAAGAGCACUUUUACGCGAGUUCAAAGACUCUCUUGUUGCUUGUCCGUCAUAUUGACGACGAUGCUUGCCAAUGCAAUGUUUUACCAAGUAGGGACCGAGUCAUCAACAGGAACGUCCAUUCAUGUUGGUCCAUUUAGUUUUUCCAUUAGACAAAUUUCCAUUGGUAUAACCAGCAGUUUGGUGGUACUUCCUGUUAAUGUCAUUGUAGUGACUAUCUUCCGUAAAAUCAAGCCAGCAGACCCAAAGGCAAAGGAAGACAAAGAAAAAGAUCCAAACAAAAGCAGCGAGAAGUACAGACUUGACGAGGAAAAAACACAGAUUCUCGUGAAUGACAAGGAAGAGGAUUGUAGCGACAAGGAAGACUCGGAGGACGUAGYGGGAGAGGAAGAGGAAGAAGAGGAAGAAGAAGAGGAGAAGAAAAMUAAAAARACCAAGAAGAAAGAAAAGAARAAGAAGAAAAGUGCUAACUUGAGUCCUAAGUUUGCCUACGUGGCAUAUGUAUUGAUCUUCAUCGCGUCGACCGUUUCAGCCACUUUUACUGUGUUUUAUGGAUUAACAUUUGGAAAAGAGAAAUCGGAAGGAUGGAUCUCGUCCAUGAUGAUUUCKUUUUGGCAAGAUGUGCUUAUUUCCCAACCUCUCAAGGUAUUUGCUGCCGCAAUGUUCUUUGCACUGGUUAUUAAAGAUCCCAACAAGAAUGAAGACGACGAACAGCAGAAUGAGCUAAAUCCCGAUGAAGAGCUUGCCCACAAGAACGUCAACGUCAGCGAGGAAGAGAAGACAAUACGGAAGAUGGGCUUCGUAGCAAAACCACCAGAUCCAGUAAAACUUGAAACCUACCGGCAACUUAGACUUAAACAGAAACAGAUGAAAUCAAUCUUGUAUGAGAUUGUACAGUACCUGUUUUUCUUGAUCUUGGUUUUAGUAAUUGCUUACGGUAACAGGGAUCCUAUGGCAUAUGGCGUUACAAGGGCAAUGGAUGGUUUCUUUGUGAARUCUGACUAUUCAGGAUUGGACGAUUUUGAUCAAUUCGACCGACCUUCAAAAUAUUGGACAUGGGUAUUACAGAGCUACAUACCAACUUUAAGACCAUACUAUUGGUACGGACCCAUGGAGAAGAUUAAUGAAUCUAAUGUAGACUAUAGAACGUCGGAUGGUGACAGUGAAGUACUUUUUAUGAAGGGUCGUGAGAAUUCCAGUGGAUGGGUUAAUACACAAGGCAAUUAUGUAAAGAACGCAUCAGUUCUUCGCACAUAUCCAAACGGUUUCGUCGCUGACCACGCCACAGCUUAUCUAGUUGGAUCACCAAGAAUUAGACAGCUAAGAAUUCGAAGAAAUCAAAGCAAGAUGUUGCCGUUCGUAGCGCGAAUGUUUAAUGAGUCUAACGYGGACUAUGACUGGGACCUAGAGGACACUGAAAGCUAUAAUCCUCGAUGGGAGUCGUUUGGCACAAAUGAUACAAAAGACGAGAAUAGCAAGUCACCAUGGUACUACAGAAGUGCUUGGGAGUUAAAGGGAACGCCAUAUUGGGGCUUCUUUGCUUCUUAUUGGGGUGGAGGUUAUGUGGCAGAACUCGGAAGCGAUAGAAAAGAAGCCGAAGCUCUUGCAGCAAACUUAUCAGCAUCGGGAUGGAUUGACAAAUACUCACGGGCCCUUUUUGCAGAAUUCACUGUUUACAAUCCCCUCACAAACUUCUUUUGUGCUGUGACCUUACUCGCCGAGAUUCGUGCAACUGGMGCCUACUUUCACUCACCCAAAGUUCAAACUAUACGACUUUAUCGUUAUAUUGGUCCAGAAAUGGCAUUUGUAAUGGCAUGCGAAAUCUCUUAUAUCGCCUUCCUGUUAUAUUUUUUGUAUAAACAGGUCAGGAAAUACCGGRCAGAAAGAAGAGAAUAUUUCAAGGAUGGCUGGAACUAUCUGGAAAUUGUUCUUCUGAGCUUUUCAAUCUCUUCAGUUGGAUUAUACUUUGCGAGAAUGGGCAUGACAACGUUAACUAUUAGCAACAUGAAAGAAACUCGGAGCAAUUUCGUCAGUUUCCAGUACGUGGCGUUUUUAGACGAAUGGGUUUCGGCUACRUGUAGUCUAGCAGUUUUCUUCUCAUUCUUGAAAUUUCUUCGGUUGCUUCGCUUUAAUCGACGGAUGGCUCURUUGUCUUUGACUCUAAAAAGAGCAGCAAAGCCACUGUUCUUCUUCUUCGUCUACUUUGCAGUAAUCUUCCUUGCUUAUGUUCAGUUUGGCUUCUCGAUAUUCGGUGUAUCAGACAAGAAUUAUGCUUCAUUCCAUAGGAGUAUCGUUAGCGUGUUCUCUAUGACACUUGGUAAUUUUGAUUUCCACGCAUUGAACCAGGCAAACCGGAUUUUUGGGCCAUUGUACUUUUUCACUUAUGUGGUAUUGAUAAUCUUCAUUUUGAUGAAUGUAUUCCUCAGUAUCCUAGUGGAUAAUUUUAACGARGUAAAUCGUGACGUACUUCAACAAGGAAAUGACCACGAAAUGCUUGCGUUCAUGGUCCAUGCAGUGAAGUCAAACAUUGGAAAGAAAUGCGGUCCAGCGAUAAAACCAACUUACAUUGAUGAAAAGUCUGAUCUAGAGAAGGCCGUAGAAAGCGUUGAGGACAUUUCUGACAAUAUCGAGUACGCAUUCAGGAACAUUUGUAUGGAGGACAUACGACAAACAAAGUGGUUUGAUCCAAAGAAGACGAACGGAAAGAAAAAUCUGGUCAUCCAGAUGUUGAUAGAAGAUGAAGAAAACCUCACAGAGAAUGAUUUGUGCGACGCCAUUCCUGUGUUAGAUGAAUUCAUUGCUAAUCACAGUUUCGAUGAGAUUGUUCRUUGUUUGGUGGCCUAUCGUGAAAAGAGACGCCAGGACGAGAUGGUCGAGGAAAGCAAGGUUUCUGACAGUAGUGAAGACAGCGUCGAGGAAGAAACUGAGUCCUCUGAAGAUGAAGAAGAGAGCGAAUAUGGCGAACUUCCAGUUCUAUCAAAACGAGGCUCAUUUACACAGAACAGCACCGUGAUUUAGUCAAUAUUCUCAAUAGUGCAUGCAUGCAAAAGACUGCUAUCAGUCAUAAUGAAUAAUACUACAGUGCMAAAUUAUCGAAGAUUCUUUCAAGCAUGGAUAUUUCUGUCAUAAAACACUGAAACUCUAUGAAGCGAAUGCUACCUUAGCUUCCGUACCAUUAGAUACCUCAAUAUGAAUGCCAAAGAUGCCCUAUGAUUGAUUGCAGUGGCUUGUUAUCCAUCGUUUCUCGUAGCGGUUUGGCACUCURUAGAUCGAUUAAAAGAAUGGCGGACCAAGAAUUUCCCCAUCUAUCAAUUGCAAUGYGAAAAUGAACCAAUCCAAUUCGGCAUCAGACAUUGUUCUCGUAAAAACAAAACAAAAAAUUAAAUACGGUGAUUGGAUAUUUGAAAAAUCACGAAAUUAGGGAUUWGGAAAUAGUAGUUUUAUAACAAAUAGUUUCACUCACAUUAGCUGUGACAAUCGACUUUAUGCUUCAUUAGCCCAAAAAGGAUUGAUAUUCUAAUUUGUACUUCCCAAGCUGACUGACAGCUCGAUGAAACCAAGGCAAUUGCCAACUUACRAAUUUCAUCUCUAUUAGUCAAACACGAGAUUUAAGACGAGGCGCCAURCAUAAAGCUCAUUUACUCGUGAAAAACUAUUGUCUUUUUACAAUAAAUGUUCUUUUUGCACUGAAAUCAAAUUCGCAAGUCGCUUAUUUAGAGGAACAUAAAGUCGUGAUCCAAUUUUGAUAAUAAUAAUAAUAUUGACAAUCUACUCCCCAGAGCCCCUUUCUGCACUGCCUAUCCGAGCGGAGAAUGUGUGUCUGGGAUCGAGAUGAAUGAAAAAAAAAAACACAGAAGCUAAGAGCCACCCUUAGACAGUGUCACUGCAAUCUACCUAUACGCAUGUCAAAUAGCAUGAGUUAUGAAUAAACUAUUUGCUGAU